AAGCCCAAGAGGUCAUCCCUGUUGCCGACAUUCAUUUUGUCAUCCAAUAGUUGGAGACGCCAAUCUGGUGCUUCGUGCGGCGUUUGAUUUUCUGGUUUCUUGUUGGCUGAAAUGCCUCAUCCUACGUGGCACGUCGUCGACAAGAAAUUGCCAUCAAUCAAUAACACUUAUUUCUCGUUUGGCCCACUGGGAACACAAAUCCAUAUGCGAAGAGGCACGAGCCGCUCUCCUCGUUGUGUCUGUAGAGUUAUUCAGAGCAGAGGAACUAUCUUCUUUUGACAAAAAAACCAUGGCAAUCGUAGAUUCAUGAAUUAUGCCGUCAUGUGUCGAGUGAGACUGGUAGAUUAAUUUACUUCAAAGGUUUCGUGCACGAUUCGUUCAUCUUGUGGGUAUUUCGCUACGUUGUGCUGCCAUGACUCCUCCAACCCCAGUUUCUCAAUUUAAAUCCCUCUUUGGUGAACCCAAUAUUGUAACACCUCUUCAAAAUCCCAUCAGUGCCUAUUCAAAACUUGGCUCGCUUUUCUUGCCCAGAAGGUUAUCUGUGCAAUUUCAGGCUCCUCGUGGGGAUUCAAGGAUGCCGUUGAGGGCUAUUACUGUGUCAGCAACCACGGCCGAGAAAGCCAAGAAACCGUAUCCUGGUGAAUCCAACGGGUUUGUGGAGGAGAUGAGGUUUGUGGCGAUGAAAUUGCAUACCAAGGUGCAGGCUAAAGAGGGAGAGAAGGAGAUCAGUCAACCUGAGGAGCGAUCAGUGGUCAAGUGGGAACCCACAACUGAUGGGUAUUUGAGAUUUCUUGUGGAUAGCAAAUUGGUUUUUGACACACUGGAAAAGAUCGUCUCUGAUGCUGUUUUUCCUUAUUAUGCUGAGUUCAGAAAUACAGGAUUGGAAAGGUCUGCAAGCCUGGCAAAAGAUCUGGAAUGGUUCAGAGAGCAAGGUCAUACCAUUCCUGAACCUUCUUCUCCGGGUCUUACCUAUGCACAGUAUCUUAAAGAGUCAUCUGUGAAGCAUCCCCAGGCCUUUAUCUGCCAUUUCUACAACAUAUACUUCGCCCAUUUCGCUGGUGGUAGGAUGGUUGGGAAGAAGGUGGCAGAAAAGAUACUUGACAAGAAGGUGUUGGAGUUCUAUAAAUGGGAUGGUCAGCUUGCGCAGAUGUUACAGAAUGUGAGGGACAAGCUGGAUAAAGUUGCUGAAGAAUGGACUCGAGAAGAAAAGAAUCAUUGUUUGGAAGAAACUAAGAAAUCAUUCAAGCUUUCAGGCGAAGUUCUGCGUCUGAUAUUAGUGUCAUGAUAACAGUUGUACUGCUUGCUAUUUGCGUAAUUAUUGUGUAAAUAAUGGCAAAGCUUAGAACAUUGUGUGACCUGCAUAUUAUGUUAUUUUCAAUUCAUAAGGUUGCCUAUAUUUGUAAUUAUGCAUGUUGACAGCUCUGUUUAACGAGUAAGCAUUGUUUUCAA